AUGGCGCGGAUUGUCGCUGUUUUUCUCGCUCUCGGGCUCGUUGAGGGCAACGAUUGGCCCAACAUCGCGGGCUACACCCCCGGCUCGGACGCGCUGGUGCAGGCGCUCAAGGGCGGAACUCCGAACUGGGAACUGGCGAACCACUCCUACGCCUUCGGCAAUUUUUCGCUGUCGGGCAAGGCCCCCAACGGGCUCCGCACCAUGAAGGGCUUCUCCACCGGCGCCGAGGGCAAGAUGUACAACGGCAACAACUGCGCCGGCUGCCCGUACAAGACCUUCUCGGUCUUCUACGACUACUACGGCGACUUUGACUAUGCGGACAAGUGGGUGAGCGCCGCCCUCGACGGCACCAACAUGACCUUCAGCAGCGGGCGGCACGGCCCGAACGACUUCGCCACGCUCGGCGACGCCGCGCGGAUCGAGGCGGUCAAGAAGGGGACGGCGUACAUGAACGUGUGGAUGUACGUGAUCCGCGAGUUUGAGGACGCGAUCGACGACUGCGAGACCUGCGUGAACGGUCUGAACUGCAACGAGUUCUCGGACUCGGACAGCCCUCAGUACAAUGCGGUGCACGCGUGGGACGAGGGCGUCGCCUUCUACGCCGGCUCGCUCGAGGGCCCGAACGUGGGCGGCAGCUCGGCCGGCGAGAUGGUUUACCGGCUCGCGGAGAAGCGGUGCGCCAACUUUGGCACCUGCGAGUCGGGGAGCACGGGGCUGUCGAACGUCAACAAAGAGUUGCUCGAGGACUUCAUCGUGGGCGAAGCGCUCCUCAUGAAGGGCCUCUGCCACGCCGUGCGCCCCAUCGUCGACAGGAUCAUCAAGCAGAUGACGGUGCCGCUCGUGCAGGGCUCGCUCCGCUACGCGUACAAGGUCGGCAUGGCGCCGGAAGCCACCGAUCGGUCGCAGAAGAACGCGGCGGAGGGCGCCGUCUUCACGGCGGCCGUGCUGCCCCUCGUCCACGAGUGCAACGUCGCCGCCGCCAAGACCAUCAGCGACGAGAUGAAGUUCGGCCUGUACGACCAGGGCGUCUUCCCCGACUUUGCGGCGGUCAAGGCCGCCUUCGAGAGCACCUACGACUGCCUCGGCAUCACGUGCGCCGACGUGGGCGGCCUCUCGGAUACCGGCGCCAGGCUCGCCAGUCCGGUCCCGGUCGACAUGAUGGCGCCGAAGGAGGGCAGCUCCGAGCUGGGCUGCGAGCAAGCCUGA